GUGCAUAUGCUAGCUAUCUGUGUACCUCGCUAUUUAUAUGUUCUAUGUAUCCGAAUGUAUGGACUGAUACGUACAGACACAUGUGUAAAAUCUUUUGUAGGCAUAGAAAUAUAGUGACAUUAGAUGGCUUUUACAGACGAUGAUGAAGAAGAAGUUCUUCCAGACGUUGUAUCAGACUACUAUUUUUACGACGCAGAGGAUCAACCCAUUUCAUUUGCCGAACUACCCGUACAAUGGAGUAAUGGUGAGAGAUCACAUGACAACGAUAUCAUGAUAUAUCUAAGAGGCACUACUGAUAAUGGUCUUCAAAGGUUACAUAAGCAAGUAAUGGCAUGGAAAUAUGAGUUUUCGAAAGAGAAUCCCGAGAUAUCAGUGCUCUCUAAAGUUAACAACUGGAUCAAACUUCAAAAACCGAGAAAGAGUUUUGAAAGUAUAAUAAGGACCAUUUUGAUCACCGUGCAAUGUCUUCAUUUCUUCAACAGAAAACCGAACGAAUCUAGUAAAGAUCUACGGGACCAUCUUUGUAAAGUUUUCAGGGCUCACAACCGUUUCUUUGUUUGAACUGUUCUCAUGAACAAUACCAAUGCUUU